AAAAAAAGAAUACGGGGAGGGUGGCGUGUGACGUCACUGGGUUAACUGGAGGGGACGUUUUUGGACCGUGCGGUAGUGUUGUGGUGGCCCCAGCCGCCGCCCCCGGUAGUGUGUACUGUGGUCACUAUGGCAGGCAUGUCUUGGGCAGUAAGUCCAUCUGGACGCAGAGUGGUUAGAGUCUUGAGCAUAGCAGGAGCAGCUGGCAGCUUCCUGGUCUAUUACCUCCCAAACACAUACUUAUUGAACACUUAUAAGAAUGUUACUAAGCUAUACAGGAAAGGUAUUGAAGUUCCUGUUUCGAAGCAAAUUACCUCGUUGGUUAAAGAGGUUAUGGAUGAUCUUCAAUUGACCGAUUUACAGCGAAAAUCCAUAUCAACCUACACUUCUUAUGGCUUUGACCUCUUCCAUGCUGGCUCAACAUCUGUGAAAACGGGGGGAAUAUUGGGUAUACCAAUAAAUUUUAGCUUUUCUUCUGAUAACUUUGAUCGCCAAGGUAUAGCUGUGAACAAUGAGCCAGUACCUUGGAGCACUGCAGCAGGAGAGUCACUGAAGCAGUCCAUUAUACUGAGCAAGGAUGCCAAAAAAUUUGGCAUUGCUCGUGAGAUCACGUCCUUGUCCACAGUUCAACCUUUUGUAAAUGGUGCCUUUACUGCUGCAAUAGUGGGCAUGGUGUAUACAAUGAGUUCUACAGUUAAUGCUAACUUUAAUUUGUAUGCAAGACCCCGUUCUCUAAGAAUGGUGUGGUAUGUAUUAGUGUACUCGUUUGGAGGUAUCCUCUGGGCACUAUGUAAAGAUGUAUCUACAGUUGGUUACGAAGGAGAUGUUGACAAAGCUGUAGCUGAUAUUAGUAACACGUAUGCUGCUGGAGGGUUGGAGUUCUAUGAGAAAGUGCUGCAGAGAAACGUUGCCUUGCGGUCUCUGAUGGGCGUCAACGGGGAGGCAAUUUACACGGCUUAUGGCAAUGAUCAGGUGCUGUUGCGGACUAAGCAUCUGCCUUUCACUGUACGGAGAGACUACAUGAAGACACGAGUCGAGGAGUACUGUCAGAGCAAGGAAGAACCUCGGGCUGUCGGUGGCAUGCAGAAUGCUGAGCAGCAUAAGAGCAAGGACGACGCUCUGGCUGAUGCUGCCAGUGAUGUGCAGAAAAGUGCGUAGCAUGAUAACAAGGAAAGAGCUCUGGUAGCAGUUGCUAGUAUCAUACACGCACUACUUCUUGAUAAAGGCAUAUCCUCGGAGAAGUAUUAGUGUAAAUAUACCAUACCCGACUUUUAUUGUUGGAGGAAAAUUGGCCAAAAACUGUCUUAAUAAAAACUAUUCAUAUUAUUUAAAGUUUUGAUUGUUAAAAUUAUUGUAAAAAAAUUGUUAAUGCCAAAUGUCAUUAAAUUUUUCAUUUUGCAUUGUAGUUUGUUAGUGAUUCAAAAUUGAGAAGCAAAACUUUUUAAAAUUGAAACGGAGAACAUGGACCAGUUUUUAUAAUAAUAAUAUGAAAGAACUCUCUGGACAACUGAUGUUAGUGGACAGUUCGCAGGUAAGAAAUGUACAUUACAUAGUCACUAACAUGUGUUCUGUUACUUAAUUGCUAUUUUUUGUAUAAAGAAAUAAUAAAAUGUAGGUAUUAAUAUA